GCUGUCACCCUGGCUUAACCUUGCUACUUACGCAUGCGCACACGACAGUUUUCGUAGUAACAGAGGCGCGUCAUCGUGUUGUUUACUGUUUACGAUUGAGAACAUUCAGAAUGUUCAUUACUUCACAGGGAUGAGAGGCCGAUAACGCCCAAGUUUUCAGAUAAAGUGUUAAAGCUGUUGUCAGACUGAUUGUAAAAAUGUGGAGGCUGUCUCUAAGUCUGCUGAGUCUUGUGAAUCAAAUCAGUGCAGUCACAAUCCCACCAAGCAUUUUUAUACAAGCACCCUUUGAUGUUUAUUACAAGGCAGGAGAAACAGUUAAAAUAGAAUGUGUUGCAGAUGGCAUUCCUCAUCCAGUCUACACAUGGAAACGUAAUGGAAUUGACUUCAACCCACAGGGAUAUGAUGAUCGUGUAGUCCAGCUUCCUGAUGUUGGCACAAUUGUUUUCAUAAGGCCUGAAGAUAGAGAUGAGGGUAUAUUUCAGUGUUUUGCCACAAACAACUAUGGUGUGUCAGCUUCAAUCAAAGUGAACUUAAGAGAGGCGAAACUGAAGGACUUUCAGAUUGGACCAGAUACAACUGUGUCUCCUAGGCUUGGACAACCAUUGACACUCAACUGUGUUCCACCUGAGAGUAUACCUCCACCACAAGUUUUCUGGAUUGCUAAAAAGACAGGAGGAGGUUUUGAUGCGCUGAAUCUUGAUGCACGUGUAACAAUGGAUCAUGAACACCGGCUUCGAAUCACAAACGUCAAGGCUUCUGACUAUAUGGACGGACGAGCAUAUGCGUGCAUGGCAAUUAAUGAAAUGAUGAGGAAACCCACCCAGGGUCCACAGUUUUUCAUAAGACCACAAGGAACCACUGAAGAGCUCAGUCCAGUGACCUACAUGUGGGCUUCUCCAGAAGACCACUUUGGUCUUCGUGGAAAUCAGUUCAAGGUCAAGUGCAUUUUUUCUGGAAAUCCAACACCAGAUGUACACUGGGUAAGAACAGAUGGUGCACCACUGCCUGAUCGAGCCAAAAUAUUAGCUUUUGGGAUGGAGAUGGUGAUUGAUAAUCUACAAUUUGAGGAUGCAGGAACCUAUGAGUGUUGGGCUUCCAACAGUAACACUCAGACACGAGUUCAGAGAACUGUGUCUGUGCGUGUAGAGUCUGUACCUUACUGGCUGCUGGAGCCCCAAGAUGUGGAGAUUGGAGUUGGUGGCACAGCACAGUUCGACUGCUUGGCGAAGGCUGUACCAACACCAGAGUACUGGUGGUUCAUCAAUGGGGUCCCCUUACAAAAUGUGAAAGACAGCAGGAUUACCCCAGACCGCUUCAAGCGCCCACGUCCUGAUCGCAUUGUGUUUGAAAAUGUCAACCGGGAGGAUGCCAUGGUGAUCCAGUGCAAUGCCACAAACAAACAUGGCUACAUUUGGGGCGAUGUUUACUUGAACGUACUUUCUGAGGCUCCUACAAUCCUCACUCCCCCGGAUCCAGAAAAGCUUGUAGCAGAGGGAACUUCUGUAAACUUGACCUGCAGGGUAGCAGGCAAGCCAGAUCCUAUCAUCACGUGGUACAAGGACAAUCAGCAGAUCAGCGGUGGCAGAUACAAGAUUAUGCCCUCAGGAGAGCUCUAUAUAAAACAAGUAGUAUUGUCAGAUGCGGGGCUAUACACAUGCGAAGCUAGAAAUAUCUUCAACGUGACCAGCAGCUCAGGGAAACUUUUGGUAAGGCGCAAGACUUUGAUAGAGCAGAAACCUUUGGAUCUGGAGGUCAAUGCAGGCACAGAUGCAAAGUUCACAUGUUCUGGAACCACUGAUCCAGAGGAGGUGGACAAGUUGCAAAUCAAAUGGCUGAAGGACAACAAGGAAAUCUCCGCUGUUGUGCAGCGAAUGACAACUAACAAACAGGACAACUCUCUGACAAUAUCAGGAACCAUUGUACGCGAUUCUGGAUCAUACACUUGUGUUGCUACCAACGGCUUAGACCAGGAGGAGGCCUCAGCAAUGCUGACAGUUAGAGAUCGACCUGAUUCUCCCUCUGAGGUAAAAGUUGAAAAGUGUGCCACCCAGAAUGCUACGGUGAGCUGGAUACCUGGCAGCUACAACAAUGCCCCAGUGCAGUACUAUGUGAUUCAGUACAACACAAGUUUCAGUCCAGAUACAUGGAAUUUUGGAGUCAGGGUUGAUUCCAUGUACAGUAUAGCAAAUGUGAGCUUGACUCCCUGGGUUAACUACACUUUCCGUGUCAUUGCCUACAACAAGAUUGGAGAGAGUGACCCCAGCUUUCCUAACCCAAUCAUUUGCAAAACUAACGCAGAACGUCCGAGAAUCCACCCUCAGAAUCUGCGGACGAUUGGAGACAGACCUGGCUUUCUGCAUAUCGAAUGGACACCAAUGCCAGAGAUUCAGCAGAAUGGCCCUGGUUUUCAGUACAUCUUGCAGUAUGAGCGAGAAGGGUAUCCAACCGGUGUGCAGCAAUUUCCAAUUGAUGAUUGGAGAGUGAGAGAAAAAUACUUUGCAGUUGGAAACCAGAUCUAUGAACCAUAUAUUAUUACCUUGAAAGCCAAAAACAGUGUGGGUGAUGCAAUGCAAGAUCCUCCUAAAAUUCGAGGUUUCACAGCUGAAUCAAUUCCUAACACUGUGCCUGAGACUUUCCAGGCAGAGCAGGUGGAAGACACCUAUGCAGUGUUAACUUGGGAAUUUGACUAUCAACAAAUUAACAAAACACCCACAGCAAUAAAUGGGGAAUUUCGUGGUUUCAAGAUUCAGUUUUGGCAGAGAGGGUACAAAGAUGACACACUGAGAGAGUGGAAUAUCUUACCAAAGGAGGCCCUUGCCUCACGAAACGGCAGACAGUUCGAACAACUGUCCAAGAUCUUCUACCAAUGACUACUGUAGAGGCACAAAUCUCUGUGAUGAACAACUACUAUGUUUCACGGCCAACAGAUGUUAUGACCUUCCAAACAAAAGCAGGAUUCCCUGGACCAGUGGCUUUUUUCCGACCAAUCAAUAUUGGAGACAACCAUGUUAACUUGGAGUGGAAGCCACCAGAUGAAAAUCGUGGAGAUAUUUUAGGAUAUGACAUUGGAUAUCAACUUG